ACAAGAAGAAGAGAGAAAAAUAUUUAAAAAAACUAGGGGCAGAGAUAAGUAGAGAUCGACCGUACAAAGCUCGAACAGACUUUGACUCGCGAGAACCUACAGAAAAAAAAAAGAACGAAAACAGAUAUCGUUUAAUUUAUUUUUCUCAAAGUAUAAUAAAAUAAAAGUGCGUGUGCUUUAUUUAAAUAAUGACAAUUUAUUAAGUAUUAAAAACAAAUGGUUGUUUAUUAAUCGCUGAUGGGUACGAAAUCGGACGGCAUCAGUAGUAGAAGCGAAGAAGCAACAGCAAAACCAGCAGCAACUCAACCGUUUUGGGUUUAGUAUCUAAAUUUAAACAUCUAACAUUAACGACAACGAUACGAAGACGACGACGACGACGACAGAGACAAGGAAAAACGCUAGUGGUGUGUGUUAUUAGUAGAACUAGAGUAUCAAAGAAACAACUAAAAUAAUAAUAGUAAUAAUAAUAAUAAUAAUAUAUAAUAUAAAGUAAGAUUGCAGUACUGUAAAAGUAGCAGAGCAGGGACAGGGACAGGGACAGGGACAGGGACAGGGACAGAGACAGGGACAGAGACAGGGACAGGGAUCCCCUCGGGUUAUUCAGCGAAGGUUGGCUGCGCGCGUUUCAGCCGGCAACGCAACAAUAAUUACUACGCGAGUCAGUCAACAGUCUGCCGGCGGUGAGCAGACACCAGAGUCACCAGAGUCACCAGAGUGCACUAGAGUGCUCGGAUAACCAGUAUACCAGUCUUAAAUAUUUAUUAGUCUUUAGUUGGUGUGACACUAAAAUAAUCACUGGCACAGUCGUGAUUAAACCCACCAAUAAAUAGGGUAAACAGUGCUUGCAAUCUACACUAUUUUUAAACAAUUAAUCACCGUGUUUAUAUAUUUGUAAGUUUGUAAAUUGAUAAAUUGGUAAGAAUAGAGUAUUUGACUCUCUAGCUAUCAGCACGCACGGAUUAUCGAUCGGAUUUGACCGGGCUAAAUUACUGUUUCCUUUAGCAUAGUGACGGUACUGAUAAUUCUGAUAAUACUGGUAAUAACUAUUGUUUCUUCAGUGUAAUAAAUUAAAAAACGGUGUAAUUAUUAUUCGAUAUGGCUGCCCCAGUGGCUAGCACGCGGUUUAGUGAUAACUAUGAUCUCAAGGAGGAACUUGGCAAGGGUGCAUUCUCAGUGGUACGUCGAUGUGUACAAAAAAGCACUGGACUUGAAUUUGCGGCAAAGGUUAUUAAUACAAAAAAGCUAUCGCAAAGAGAUUUUCAAAAACUUGAACGUGAAGCCCGGAUAUGUAGGAAAUUACAGCAUCCAAAUAUUGUGAGAUUACAUGAAAGUAUACAAGAAGAACAUUGCCACUACCUUGUCUUUGAUUUAGUAACUGGAGGUGAACUUUUUGAGGAUAUAGUUGCUCGUGAAUUUUACAGCGAGGCUGAUGCUUCUCACUGUAUACAACAAAUUCUAGAAAGCGUCCAUCAUUGUCACCACAAUGGAAUUGUGCACAGAGAUCUAAAGCCUGAGAACCUUCUCCUCGCUAGCAAAGCGAAGGGUGCAGCUGUGAAAUUAGCAGAUUUUGGAUUAGCCAUUGAAUUACAGGGUGAUGCACAGGCGUGGUAUGGUUUCGCUGGUACGCCUGGUUACUUGAGUCCAGAAGUACUUAAAAAAGAACCAUAUGGAAAACCUGUAGAUAUUUGGGCAUGUGGAGUUAUUCUUUACAUUCUUCUUGUUGGCUACCCUCCAUUUUGGGAUGAAGAUCAACAUCGAUUGUAUGGACAAAUUAAAGCUGGAGCAUAUGAUUAUCCAAGCCCUGAAUGGGAUACUGUAACGCCCGAAGCGAGAAACCUCAUCAAUCAGAUGUUAACGGUAAAUCCAACGAGGCGCAUAACUGCCAGCGAAGCGCUCAGACACCCUUGGAUUUGUCAACGUGAACGUGUUGCAUCAGUGGUACACAGGCAAGAAACUGUGGAUUGCUUGAAGAAAUUCAAUGCAAGGCGCAAAUUAAAAGGCGCAAUAUUAACAACCAUGAUAGCGACGAGGAAUUUUUCCAGUAAGUAUGAUGCACAGGCUCGAAGCAUCAUUACGAAGAAGGGUGAUGGCUCUCAAGUGAAGGAAUCAACCGACAGCAGCACUACUAUUGAAGAUGACGACGUCAAAGAGGAUAAGAAGGGAGGUGUCGACCGGAGCAGCACGGUCAUUGCCAAAGAACCUGAAGGCUACGCGUCUCAGGGCACACCGCCGAGCAGUCCUGCAGCUGUGUCCAUAUUUUCAAAAGUUAUGGGUGCCGCUGCAGGAAAUAAACAAAUUCAGGGACCAGGAAACUCAUUAGGAAUUGCCGCAGUACUCCUUCACGGAGCACAAGCUGACAAUGGAAAUGGCAACAGUAAUGGCAGUAGCAGUGGAGGAAGUACUAGUACAAACAGUCAAAAUAGUCAAACGGGUAUAAUGUCAUCACUUCCAUCAAUAAUGAGCGUCAACAGUCCCCCACGACAACGCAACUCAUCAGCUACGGAAAUAAGAAUCAUGUGUCCCGUCAAGACCUGCAGCCAGCUCUCAACGAACUCGCAGUGCUCAGCUCGCCGGCAGGAGAUUAUCAAGAUGACUGAGCAGCUCAUAGAAAGUAUUAACACCGGUGACUUCGAGGGUUACACGAAAAUCUGUGAUCCACAUCUAACUGCAUUUGAACCAGAGGCUUUAGGUAAUUUAGUCGAAGGAAUGGACUUUCACAAAUUUUACUUUGAUAAUGUCCUGGGGAAGAAUUCUAGUUGCAAGGCCGUCAAUACGACAAUUCUCAAUCCUCAUGUGCAUUUACUUGGUGAAGAUGCUGCUUGUAUUGCCUAUGUCAGACUUACUCAAUUUGUAGACAAACAAGGUGUAGCGCAUACCCAGCAAAGUGAAGAGAGUCGUGUGUGGCAGAAAAAGGAUAACAAAUGGCAGAAUGUGCACUUUCAUCGAAGUGCAGUGACUGGGCCAUCGCCUUUCUCUUGCAAUCAUAAAUAAAAAAUCUGGUAUAAGUUAUUAAACUUAAUAAUAUGCAUAAUAUAUACUUUUUAUUGAUAAAGCAUUCACUAAAAUUAGAUCUCGAUGAGUACUUAAAAAUAAUUAGUGUGCUGUGUCAUUUAUGCCGAUGAUAUUAUAAACUUCUAGAAAAAAAAAAAAAAAAAGAAAAAAAAGGAUGAAGAAAGAAAGAGAGAGAAAGAGAGAAUGAAAGAGAAAUAAAGAGAGAAAGAGAGAAAAAAAGAAAUUUUUGAAUGAAUAAUUAAUAAAAAUAAUAAAAAAAUUUUAACGACAGUGUGUCACAAUUUUUCUUCUGUAUUAUUUUUAAUCGUGAGCACAUUGAAGCUCAACUCUAUGAAUGUUUUCAAUAUGACGAUAAUCUUCUUAACAAGUCUCUAUAACUACCAAAGCCAACUAUAAAUAAUGAAUGUAAAAAACAGAGAGCAAGAAAUAAAAAUAAAAAGAAAAAAAAGAGGUAGAGUGAGUAUACUAAAGAGAAAAAUAUGAAGCAUAUUUAUAGACAUAGAUUAGUUCAGAAACGGUAUAAAAUUAAAAUUUUUUCGAAAGUACAUUUUUUUUUGUACAUUGAAAAAAGUAUACUCUCUAAAAAAAAAUCUUAAUAGCUCAAUAAUAACAAUGCACCAAUACCUUAUCUGUACUAAUCUUUGACUUUUAUUAUAACAAUAUGCAUUAUCGUCGAUAAGACUCGAGUAUUAACGAAGUCUGCUUAAUAUUUUUUAUUAGUUAGAGUAACAAAUUUAAUUAGGGAGUCGCAAUAGAAAAACUUUUGGCCCGAUCGAGCCUUGAUAUCGACCAACGUGCCAUGUAGUUACGACUCUUAUAUAAA